AAUAAAAUAAACAACACUGUAUACACCAAAAUGACUUCCAAAAUCUUCAACGUCGGCGUCAUCGGCUACGGCUUCAGCGCCAAAAUCUUCCACAUCCCCUUCAUCCAGGAAGUGCCUCAGCUUAAGCUGUACGCCGUGGUUCAGCGCACACCCAAACCCGAAGAUGAUGCCGAGAAGGAUCACCCCGGGAUCAAGUCCUACCGCAGUGCUCAGGAUAUGGUCAAGGAUGAGGCUGUCGAAGUGGUGGUCGUUACGACGGCGCCGGACUCGCAUUAUGAGUUGGUGAAGUUGGCGCUGGAGAGUGGGAAGAAUGUCGUCUGUGAAAAGCCGUUUACUCCCACGACAAAGGAAGCAGACGAGCUGGUGGCUCUGGCAAAGAAGCAGAAUAAGCAACUUGCUGUAUUCCAGAACCGCCGCUGGGACGCCGACUUCCAAACGCUCCACAAGCUCGUCAAAAACGGCUCUCUCGGCCGCGUCGUCGAGUACGAAUCGCACUUCGACCGGCACCGCCCGGAGGAGCCCGCCCCCUCCGUCUCCAAGUGGAAGAACAAGGUGAUCCCCGGCGGCAGCGCCAUCUACGACCUGGGCGCCCACCUGCUGGACCAGGCUGUGUACCUGCUGGGACUGCCGCAGCGCGUGACGGGCUUUAUCGGCUCCCAGCGGGAGGUGAAUACCUCCGGUUUUGAGGACUCGUUUACUGUUAUGCUGCAUUAUCCGAAGGGCGCGAUGGUUACUGCUAAGGCGGGGGUGAUUAGUCCUGAGGAGGAGCAGUUGCGGUUUUGGGUUCGUGGGGAGAAGGGGAGUUUUAAGAAGUACCACCUCGACAUCCAAGAAGACCAGCUCAAGGGCGGCAUGAAACCCGGAGAUAGCGGCUAUGGCCGUGAGCCGAGCGACCGAUACGGUACACUGACCACUAUCCAAGACGGCAAGCCCGUCAAGGAGGUCGUGCCGACGGUGGAACCGCCCACUUGGACGGAGUACUACCGCAAGUUGGCGCGGGCCCUCGCCGGCGAGGGUGACCUGCCGGCUAGCGGGGCGGAGGCCCGCGAGGUGAUUCGGCUUAUUGAGUUGGCGAAAGAGAGCUCUCGGCUUGGGAAGACGAUGGAUGUUUAGACUGCAUACGUGAUGUAGGGGGAGGAGACGUGUAUUAUCUGGUUAUUGUGUUGUUGUGGUUGCUUUUGGGGAUGCUUCUGGGGUAUAUAGGAGAUUAGUCCAUGUUAUAAUGAUGGCAAGUUACGCCGAAUUAAAGUUAG